GUGUGUGUGUGUGUGUGUGUGUGUGUGUGUGUGUGUGUGUGUGUGUCACAGCAGAGAUAAGAACCCCGCAGUUUGUCACUUCUGCAAUAUUUAAUGACUCCAAACCCAAAAAGACAAAAAGAACGAACUAUCGAUUGCUAUCCAUUAGCUUUCCGGCGCUGGAUCGAUCCAUUACUGUUGUGCGUGCCGUCAGAGAGGUUUCGCCCAGAGGCGAAGACGUCCCGCAGAAGACGACCACCUGCUUUUGUAAGCCGACGCUCUGAUAACCGUAGAUUUAAGAAGCCAAAGGGGAAACGGGCAAUUUCAAGUUAUCCAAGCGCAAGAUGUUACACCAACAAAGUUUGUUUACUUGGUGUGUCUCUAUAAGCUUAGUGGGAUUAUUUUGUGUUUCUGUACACACUCAGGAAUGUAGUGUUCGUGUUCAAAUGCCCGUUUAUGCAAUGGCUUUAAAAGCCGACCUUCUCAACACAACGAAAUGCGGAAAAGAGUUGCAAAACUUCCGAGACGCUGUUGAUCAACAAAUACUGUGGAGUUUAAAAGUUUUAGAUUCCAGUGGUGGAUAUAAAUCCGGCUUCUUUUACGGGAAUAAUUACUGGCUAGGUAGUCGUAGUCAGUGUUUAGAUACAAUAAAUAAAAGCACUACGAUCUUACCUCGGGAAAUAUAUCGCGAUAAUGAUCCGCAACAAGAAUUUCAGCCUUUUGAAACCAACUAUUUUAUCGCUCAUUUUAGACAUAACAACACCCUUCAAUAUCGUACAUAUAUGUUUCAACAGGAUGUGAUAACUCUAGGAUUAUGUCUGCCAUCAUCCUGCUCAAUAAAUAAUAUAAGUUUUAUUUUGGAAAAAAUGUUAUAUGACAGAGUUAAUUUAACAUUUGAUAUAUAUUCCGCUGACCUCAAUCUGAUUCAGGUUAAAGAUUUAAAAUACGAUAUCAAGCAACUAUCUGGUGGUGCGUUAUUUUUUAUCUGUCUAGGUUUAGGAUUUUGUUUCAUGACAAUAAUCGGAACGAUAUAUGAUGUGUUCAUCCAUCAAGAAAAUGUAAAAAAAAAUGAAAUGAAUAAAAUGGAUGAUAUUUCGUUUGCAGACAAUAUAGUAUGGUUCUGGAGAAAUAUGGAAAAUUAUGGUUUUUUAUUUGAUCCAUUGAUUGGAAUUAUAUCAGUAGACAUUUAUUUUUUUGCAAGUGGAUUUUUGGUGGCUCAUUGGUAUUUGAGAGAUAAAGCAAACAAAAUUCUGAUUAAGCAAAUUCAAUAUAGAGAAAAAUUAAAUGAACUUUUGAUCAAUAUAGUAAAAAGAUUUCUUCGGUUGACACCAGUUUAUAUAAUGGUAUUAGGAAUAAUGCAAGUAAAUUCAGAAUGGCUUGAUAAGACAUCACAAAUUUAUAUGAACGAGAAGUCGCACGAAAUUUGCGCAAAGUACUGGUGGAGAAAUCUUCUAUACAUAAAUAAUUUCUUUGAUGUCGAUACAUUGUGCAUGAGUUGGAGCUGGUAUCUAGCUGUCGAUAUGCAAAGUCAUGUAAUCGUUUUAAUGGUAUUAAUUUUAUCAACUAUGUAUUUCUAUGCCGCUGUUAUAAUGUCAGGUGUGCUUUUAAUAGGCUCAAUUAUUUUUACUGGCUAUAUUUCAUAUAUUUAUGAAUAUGUUCCCACACAUCAUGAGUUGUAUAAACUCGCAGGUGUUUUAUACAUUUCACCAUGGACGAGAAUAAAUUCAUAUUUUAUUGGCGCAGUUACAAGUUAUAUUUUAAUAAAAUUAAAUUAUAGCUUGUAUUGGAAAAAAAAAAUCAUAAUUCUAUGUUGGUGCGGCUUUGGUCUUGCCAGCGCUGUUAAUAUUUUCAUAUUAUCUUGGAUUUAUAAGCGCUAUGCGUCCAUUUUAGUUAUUGCAAUUUAUAUUGCUCUACAAAAAACACUGUGGGCUAUUGGCAUAGCAUGGAUUAUAAUAGCCUGUACUACUCAACACGGAGGCAUUGUUAAUAGAGUUCUAUCCUUCAAAGGCUGGAUUCCUUUUAGCAGAUUGACCUAUUCUGUUUACCUCUUACAUCCCAUUAUUAUACGAUCGAUUAGUUCGUAUAGUGAAUCAAAUCAUUAUGAAUUUCUGCCGAUUGUUGUUCUAUCUAUAGGAUACGUUGUCAUCAGUUAUUUUUGCGCGUACCUGUUAUCUUUGAUAGUGGAAAUACCUUGUCUUCUGUUAAUGAAAACGUUCAUCCGAAAGAGUAAUAGAAUAGUUAAAAAAGUUUUGUAAUUUUGAUAUAAAUAUGUAACCACUAUAGUGGCAUGGGGGGGGGGUGACAAUGGAUUUGUAUCCCAUUUGGAGCAGUCUAAUAAAUAAAAGUAAUAAAUGUAAAAAUAAAUGUAAUAUAGAGCUAAAUAAACAAUAAUACACAUUAUUGUAAUUUUAUUGUAAUAUCAUUACAACCCUAUUAUAAUCCUAUUAUAAUACCAUCCUCAUAAAAUCUUCUCUUAAAAAAAAAAUUUUUAUAUACAAUUACAUAAAGUUUGCGUUUGCGGAGCUAUUGCGUCAUUUUAUUCUUAUUUUAUGUCUAAUAACCGAUAAAGAUAAAAUGACGGAAUAGCGCUAAUAUUGCGCAUUACAAAUUAUAUACAAGGUAUAUAAGGGUACCGGACUCCUUCCGGUUUCGAUCUUUUUCCCAGGCCGGUCCGAAAGCUUCUGUCACGGGAGUGCAGGCAGUAUCUAAAAGCAGGAAACAACCGGGCCAGGCAGGAUCGGGGAUGAAUGUAUGCGCGCGCAUGUAUAGCGAGUGGGACGUGAUCACGUGAUUAACCUAAGAAGAAGAGAACCAAGAGAACGACUGCCUGUGACUGUGAUUAUGUGACAACGUUAAGAAGGGUCAGAACGGUCAGAACGGCAAGUUGCAAUUACUGAAAGCUGGAAAGUGAUUAAAGUGAUCAGGCACAAAAUCUGUUUUGACAUACGCUACAUAAUUGGUUUAUGUUCUUGCCUAUUAUGUUAAGCGAGAAUUUAUUAAAACGUUUGGAAGAUCUUAUGUCAUCGCCUUUCUCUUGUUCGAGUCUGUGAGGUUAGGUUAUCAUACAAACUUGCUUAUUGAGAAUUUUGCAGGAAAGAAUUAUCGGACCAAGAAUUUGCUAGGAAAUUUCCAAGGCUACAUUGUAAUGUACAAUUUGUGUGUUACACAAAAUAAAAAAGUAGUAGUUUUACAAGCAAUGCAUACAUUGCAAAACCUGACUCAUUUGCUUCAUACCGAAAUUAGUGAUCUCAGAAGAGAUUUUUGUGGGAAACAGAUAUCGGACCAAAAAAUUGCUAGAAAAGUUGCAAGACUAAAUAGUAACGUACUACAUUUGUGCCUUACGCAAAAUACAAAACUAGAAGUUUCGCACCCAAUGCAUACAUUGCAAAAUCUGAUGCAUUUGCUAAAUACUGGAAUUAGUGAUCUUGGAAGAAUUGGACCAAUGGAAGUCAAUUUGUUUGUAAGAGCACAACUUCACAAUCGGUUAGUUCCUGAUUACUCAAGAUAUGAAAUGUAGUGAAGAAAAGUAUGUGAUAUAAUGUAUGUGAUAUUAUAUGAUACGUGAUAUUAUGUGAUAUAUGAUUUUAUGUGAUAUACUCGUAGUAGGAUUCGACGAUUAUAUUGUUGCUUAUUUGGAUACGUUAAUUUUUGUUAUUUGCAAGAAACUAACUUUGUGUUGCUUAUAUAAUUUAUGCAUAGAUAUAUUCAUUAAAUAUAUUUUUACGCAGAUAUAUUCAUUCAAUAUUACACAUUUUUUUAUCUUUAACUAUUUUUAUAUAUAUUUAACUAUUUUAAAUUUUAUUUAUGCAGAUAUAUUCAUUAAAUAUUACAUAUUUUUUGUAGCUUUAUUUUUAUUAGCUCUAGAUAAUGUAUUAAUAUAAGCUAUAUAUCGCAUACAGUACAGUAUGCAUAUAAUAAGAUAUUCUUUUCAUCCUGUUUAUGUUCUUUCAAAGAUUUUUAAUAUAUGUUAUUAUAAUAAUAUAUGCUAUUAAUAUAUG